CAACUCGCAUGUCGAACUCCAAAGAUGGAAACUUCUUGUACAUAAAUAACAGAGCUUUGCGUAUUAUGUAAAAUACAGACUUGUACAACUUUAUGGGAGGCUUACAGAAACCCCGACAGUGACCAUAAUAUCAGAAGCCAUGUCUGCACCCUCGACGGACGUCAGUGAUCUUUUCUCCGGAAUCCGAUCGCCGCUUCUCUCCGCGGCGAAGCCCGACCCGGAUCGUAAUUCGAAACCCGAUAAGCUCCGCAUUGACGACAUGCUCCAGAAAUACUGCGGCGAAUUCGGGUGGUGGCAAUUACGCCACUUUGUGCUGACGAGUUUAGCAUGGGCCCUGCAGGCAUUUCACUCCAUGGUGAUAAUCUUCGCCGACCGAAACCCUGGUUGGCGCUGUCUGGGGUCGGGUUGCGACGAGGCUGCGAAGAGCGUUUGCGGGCUUCAACCCGGUUCGUGGGAGUGGGUCGGCGGUCCCGACGGCUCGACAGUAACGGAAUGGGGGCUGGUUUGCGGGGAGAAAUUCAAGAUCGGACUGGUCCAAGCCAUUUUCUUCGCCGGCUGCAUGAUAGGUGCAGGGACGUUCGGUCAUCUCUCAGAUUCCAGGCUAGGAAGAAAAGGGUCAUUAACAGUUGUUUGCAUCUUGAACGCCAUCUUCGGCUGCUUAACUGCGUUUUCCCCAAAUUACUUCACCUAUCUCCUUCUUCGCUUCCUAACUGGCUUUAGCAAUGGUGGAGUUGGCCUUUGCGCCUUCGUUCUAGCCACCGAACCAGUCGGCCCAACCAAACGCGGUGUUGCUGGCAUGUCCACUUUCUACUUCUUCUCAAUUGGUAUAGCAAUUCUAUCUGGCAUAGCUUACAUUUUCCGUUCAUGGAGAUCGCUUUACAUAGCCUCCUCCGUCCCCUCCUUGCUCUUCCUCCUCGUCGUUAUCCCUUUCAUCUCCGAGUCUCCACGCUGGUACCUUGUUCGUGGUCGGAUCAACGAAGCCAUGAAGAUAAUGCGGAAAAUAGCCAACUCCAACGGAUUGAAUCUUCCUGAUGGAAUUGUCCUUGCACUUGACGAAGAAACCAACAACACUUCAGAUGAUCACCUCACACACUCCUUUAAAGGAGAAUCAAUGAAGCACGAAGCCAUAACAGGCUCUCUGGUUGAUGUUGUUCGAUCACCCACUACUCGUUUUCGUUUAUUUCUUACUGUAGGGAUUAACUUCACAUGUUCGGUUGUGUAUUAUGGUAUCAGCUUAAACGUCGUCAACCUCGAUACCAACCUUUACCUCAACGUGCUACUCAAUGCCAUAGCAGAGAUGCCAGCAUUCACUAUAACAGCAAUUUUGUUAGAUAAGGUAGGAAGGAAGCCGAUGGCAAUUGGGACUCAACUCUUUAGUGGGCUAUUCUGCUUCAUCGGAAGCUUCUUGGGGAGUUCCGGCAUAUGGAAGAUAUUACAAAUGGGGUGUGGAAUUCUUGGGAUAUUCGGCAUGGCAGGGACUUACAACUUACUGUUUAUAUACACCGCGGAGUUGUUUCCGACAGUUGUGAGAAACGCAGCACUAGGUUGCGCGACGCAGGCAGCACAAAUGGGAGCGAUACUGGCACCAUUUGUGGUGGUUUUGGGCGGCGGAUUCCCGUUUAUUGUGUUUGGAGCUUGUGGGGUUUCGGGAGGAUUGCUGGCUUACUACUUGCCCGAGACAUUGAACCGGCCAUUGUAUGAUACGAUGGGUGGAAUGGAGUACGGAGAAGGCGGCAGGAAAGUUGAUGCGUGAAGGAGAGUAGAAGAGUUGAUUAGGGUUUUCAGUCUUCAUCACCAUUACUUCCGCCCUUCUAAAUAAACUUGUUACAGAAACAAAAAAAAAAAAAACAAAAAUCCAUUGUAGCAAUAUUUGUUCAUGUUGUAAAACCCUAAU